AUGCUCGGGAAUUAUAGUCCAUUACUGCUUUUCAAUUGGUUAGAGUCGGUUUUUGUCGACAUGCCUCCGAUAGAUCAUGGCAUGUGUGUCGACAGAUCAUCAAAUAAUGAGAGAAGCGAGAGUCCAGAACCAGAUGAUAAUGUAUCACCAGAACCACCUGACCGUCCCCCUGGAAAAGCACGCCAAGUGCAUCCGGAACAAAAAACACAGAUUUUGGCAUACGAUUCUACAUACCGGAAGAGGAAUAAACCAAAAUCUUUACCAUUAGAAGACAAUCAGAUGUAUAAUCAUUUGGCAAACUCAAAUGUAGCCAUGUCUCCUGUGUAUCCCUUGACGCCAAAUAUUUGUGUCGAAGGUGGGAAAAUCGAGUUCAUAAAAUCGCCACCAAGCGGUAGAAGCAGUAUGGCGCUAGGAUCGCCACCUCAGACGCCGCUAGCGCCACGCCGCGACUCGAAAGAUAAACAUGAUUUUCGAGCUAGCAGUGACGAACCUGAGAAGUUCGACGGUGAUAAGGAACUAUUGGAAAAGCGAAUAAAACAGCUGGAAGUUCAACUUGAAGAGGAGAAACGAAGGACGCAGCGUGAACGCAUGGCGGUCACGAAACUCCAAAAUAAAUUGAUAAAGGUAAGCACCUCUUUACCUGAUGAAGUUCACUGA